UUGGCCCGGUCGCCGUCACGUGGCGUAGCGCAGUCAGUCUCUGCCUUGCCUAGAGCCAGCGCUGAGUGGAGCCUGUCUGCCAAAAGCUUCAGCAGCGGGUCUAUCUAGAUCCUACUACACUCACUGACAAUUAAAGGAGGCCCCUUUUUCUUCUUAUUUCCGAGGACUAUUCUUCACCAUGGGCGACAAAAAGAGCCCUACCAGGCCAAAAAGACAAGCCAAACAGACCGCUGACGACGGCUACUGGGACUGUAGCGUCUGCACCUUUAGGAACACCGCCGAGGCUUUCAAAUGCAGCAUCUGCGAUGUGAGGAAGGGCACAUCCACAAGGAAACCCAGGAUCAACUCCCAGCUGGUUGCCCAGCAGGUGGCUCAGCAGUACCCGAUGCCUCCCCCGCCCAAGAAGGAACGGAGGGAGAGGAGUGAGCGCACAGACAAGGAGCGCCCGGACGGAGAAGGAGAGCGCGCCAAUGGUGAGGCACGUCCAGAGGGUGAGCGUCCAGAGAGAGUGAGGCCAGAGGGAGAUACCCCUGAGAAGGACAAGAGCGACAAGGAACAGCCGAUCAAAGACAAACCCGACAGAGAGAAGGAAAUUAGCCCAGCCGUUACGAAGAAGCCCAGCAGCAAAAAGACCAGACCCAAAUCAGACAACCAUCAGAGCCCACCCAGUGACAAACACAGCAUACAGUCUGGCAAAUCAGCAACCAAGACCAACAAGAACUCUCACAUUUCCAGACCCAAACUGAAGAACAUUGAUCGGAGCACUGCCCAGCAGUUGGCUAUCACCGUAGGGAACGUGACGGUUAUUAUAACAGACUUUAAGGAGAAGACCCGCUCCUCCUCCACGUCCUCGUCCACCAUCACGUCCAGCGCGGGGUCCGAACAGCAGCACCAGAGCUCUGGCUCCGAGAGCAUGGACAAGGGCUCGUCACGCGCCUCCACACCUAAAGGGGAUCUCUCUGUGGGGCACGACGAGUCGUUCUGAGGUCCUGCCCCUUUCCCCCUUGUCCUCACUCAGCGCCACUCCCCAUUUUCCCCCACGUUUCUGGACACUAUGGUUCCCAUAGGGGGAGAGAUUUCACCUUUCCCAUCGCUGCCCUGCCUCCAUUCCAUGACCACCCCUGGAUGCUGAGAGGAUCUGGCUGGCUGAGAGGAACAGUGCGGUGCGCCUGUCGGGGAAACAAACGUCCUGCUUGGAGAACUUCCCUCGUGGUUACACCCGUGGCACAGGCGAGGAGAGCUGGGCUACAAAGAAUAACGCCCCCAUCCCAAACCCCCCUGCGGUAGCAUCCAGACACUUGUAUGUAUUGUUUUAUAUUUGUAUGUGGAUGUGAGGCCAAGUCGACAAUUUUUUUGUUUUUGUUUUUGUAAAGAAGAAUUCUUCGCUGGGCACAAUAACCACCAUCAUUUUAAUAACUUUAAACUAUUAUUACCCUUAUUUAUUACCUGUUGCACCUGUAUACUUUGAUAUUCUCCUUUUUAUGUUGAAGCUUUGCUGUGUAGCUCUGCCGAUCGAUCGUUCCUUCAGUGUUUUUAUUACAGUUUGAAAAUGAUAGGACAAGACUCGAGUCACAGACAGACACACACAAACAUCUCACACACACACACACACACACACACACACACACACACACACACACACACACACACACACACACUGGUGCUAGAUACACUGUGAAGCGGUUUUGCAGAUCUGGGAUUGCCCAUUCACUCAAUGUGACAAAGUGCUGAUGAAUCAAAUUCUCAUUCACUUUUCUCAACAACACUGUCUCACUCUGAACACUGUCUGGACCUCCAUUAGGUCCAUCUGCUUGUUCUGUACAGGUCAUUGUGCAUCAGAAGAUCACCUGAAAUUCAGACACCUGACUUUUUCAACUAGAUUGUCUAUGAUUUAGUAUGCUAUAGCAGAUCUCUUAUACAGUAUCUUAUGUCCUUAACUGUACAGUGUAGGCUGUUGUGUAAAACACUAAAAGCUCUUGAUAUUUUCUGCAUUCCAUACUUAAAUAUUGAGUUUGCUGGCUGAAGGUAGAGCUGUCCUCUCGUCUCUUGAGCCAGAGUUUUUUCUGUUGUGACUGAAGGACAGUUACAAGCAGUUCCACUUGGUAAAACCAUGUCGAACUGUAAAAUUGACCUGUUGUGUCAAGCUGUUGUGAAUUGAGUUCGUUUUUCUUUUGUUGUGGUCCUGAAGACAACUUUGAAUCUUCAUUCUCUCAACCUGAUAUCCCAGAAAACAAGUGCAAAGACAUGAACAACAUACAAAGAUUUACAGUACAAUUGACUUGAUUUUAUUUUAUUAAUUUAAGACUCCUGUCAUUGAAGGCAAAAAAAUAUUGCAGUAGUUAAUAAUACACAAUUGCUCUUUCAAUUUUUAGAACAGCAAGGCUUAUUUAAGGGUUUUAAUUCACUUUCACCUUAGCUGAUACUAGACCAACAUAAUUUCCUUUUAACUGUAUGAAAUUGUAUAAAGAAUAAAUGUGUAUAUGAUAUCUUAGUUUUAUUUAUUGAAGGACCAAAGGAAUUUCAUAAUGACAUGAUACAUAGACAGAUGAAUAACAAUUUGAAAUGCAAUUAUCUAAUGUGUGAGAUGAAUAACAGUUUAAAUAAAGACUAAUAUAAUCCA